CCCGGAAACGACGUUAAGCUGGUGCGUAACAAAACUUCCCGACACCAUGCUGGGCGCGGGGGGCGCGGGCUUCGCACGGUGCCUGAGAGCCAGGACACAGGCCUGGCUGUGGGGUUCGCGGGGCGGCUCCCUGGCCCUGGCGCGCUCCGCUGGCGCGCCUGGCCCUGGAGACCCGCAGCCCUCCGGGGAGCGGGGCCCGCGCGUACGUCAGUUCAGCCUGUCAGCCGCCGGGGUCGUGGAGUCGGCGCCCCGCCCUCUGCAGCCUUACCUGCGUCUCAUGAGGCUGGACAAGCCCAUUGGAACCUGGCUGCUCUAUUUGCCUUGUACGUGGAGCAUUGGUUUGGCAUCUGAACCGGGUUGUUUUCCAGAUUGGUACAUGUUAUCCCUCUUUGGCGCUGGCGCUAUUCUGAUGCGUGGAGCAGGCUGUACUAUUAAUGACAUGUGGGACCGGGACUACGAUAAAAAGAAAGCAAUGAAAAAAAAAUCCUCAGGUUACAAGAACAGCAAGUCGCCCAAUAGCUGCUGGAGACAUUUCAGUUUUCCAGUCCAUCGUUUUUCUCGGAGUACAGCUGACCCUGGCACUGAGUAUUCUUCUGUGUCUGAAUUACUACAGACAAAAUUCUGUGCAUCAGAAGGUUGCUUGGAAAGUGCUUCAAUAAGACAAAAAAGGAGGCGGAGUAUAGCUCUUGGCGCAGCAUCCCUACUUCUUGUCAUCACCUAUCCACUAAUGAAAAGAAUUACGUACUGGCCUCAAUUAGCCUUGGGGUUCACUUUUAAUUGGGGAGCAUUGCUUGGGUGGUCUGCUGUCAAGGGCUCCUGUGACCCAUCAGUUUGCCUGCCUCUCUAUUUUUCUGGAAUUAUGUGGACUCUAAUAUAUGAUACUAUCUAUGCCUAUCAGGACACAAGAGACGAUGCCCUGAUUGGUCUUAAGUCCACAGCCUUGAGGUUUCGUGAGAAUGCCAAGCAGUGGCUUAGUGGCUUCAGUGCAGCAAUGCUGGGGGCGCUGAGCCUGGUGGGAGUGACCGCUGGUCAGACCAUGCCCUACUACGUUGCUCUGGCUGCUGUCGGAGCUCAUCUGACUCACCAGAUUUACGCUCUAGACAUCCACAGACCUGAGGAUUGUUGGGAUAAAUUUACCUCCAACCGAACAGUGGGGCUAAUACUUUUUUUAGGAAUUAUUCUUGGGAACUUGUGGAGAGAAAAGAAGACAGAUGAAACAAAGAAAAAUAUAGAUAGAGUGGAAAAUUAGCAAAUGAAGUCUAUCUAGUUUUUAAAUUAGACUUUUACAAAACACUCUUGGGUGUUGUUAUGACAUAAUUAGAUUUGAAUAAGAAUCUUAACUAUGUUAAAGAAUUAAGAAUCAGAAGAUGAAGGCUUCGAACAUAUUUUAUAUUUGCCUGAAUUUUAGUUCAGCUAUUUACCAGCAAAAUUCUUCCUCCGUCACAAAGACCUGGAUUCUUCAGGAUUUGAAAUGACCUUGAGUGUUUAAAUUGAUGUGUUCUGCUCAUUGUAAUUCUAAUCUGUAGUUACGGGAAUUGUAUGAGUUCCACACUUUGAAAGAAACUGACAUGUAUUUCAUCUAAAUGAAUCUCUAGAAAAAUGGACUGUCUUUUUAGGGAAAAAUAAAAGCUGCCACAGAAA